AUGGAAAUGCCAGUAGUAUCCGAGUUUCUGGAAAGUGUUAUAUAUGUUGAUCCGGCGAUGGAAGAUGCUCAGAUCGCCAUCGAUCGUAUUGCAAAAUUCAACGAGGAAGGCAGGCCAUGGUAUUCAAGCAAGUACAAUAAGAGACGAGGUUUCUGGAAUGGCACCUAUGGAGACGAACCAUAUAGAAAACCGUCGGGAACCCAGACACGUACCCAGACAGUCAGCUCUGCAGAGAAGAACAAUACCGAAAGCACUACCGCGACUGUCACGGACAAGGUCCCUCAUGUUGCACUAUCGAAUAGUGACUCGGAUAAGACUUCUCAAACGACAGUUCCCACGGUACGGCUUGUGCAAAUAUCACCAGUGCCAAGCAAUGUGAACAGUUUGCCCGAUAAGCUUGCUCCUAUUUCCAUUAAUGGCAGCGAAAACAAAGCUCCUGUGCAUGGAGGCGUGACCUUAUCAGUAGUGUCUCCUGUCAGUCGUGUGAAUGAGUCACAAAAUACAGCAACUCGUCUUCCAACUGUGUUCAAUCACCCUCCUCCCGCAAACCCAUCGCUGGUUGUGCAGACUCUUCCAACCCCUUCAACAACUAUGCCAUCAGUCACGCAGCAACAGGCCUCACCGUUAUCUGUCGUGCCACAGACUUCCCACUUCCCGGUCACUACAACUGUAGCAAGUCGCACAUCUCCAUUGGCAGUACAGGUAACCAACUUUUCGUCCAAGAAGUCGAUGGGAUGCUCCUCCACCUGUGUUACCGAAUUUCUCCGUUCCACCUCCUUCUUCUCUUGUGACGCCGAACUUGUACGCUCCCAACGUCGUCACAAUGCCACCACCCAUGAUUCCUUUGAUACCAAACACUUCGAUUCCUCCGCCGAAUGUUCCUCCACCUGGAUGGCCUCACCAUCUUGGUUGAUCUCUCACAGGCGAACUGUGGUACGUAAAAUAUAG